GUCGACACAUUCGUCGUGGAAGCCCCGAACAUACAAGAAAUCCAGAAAUUGGCCAUCCACCACGACAACUCAGGGCGAUCUCCGGCCUGGCAUCUCGACGCCGUGGAGGUCACCAAGGGCGCCCCGCCAGGCGCCAAAACCAUUCUGUUCCUCUGCCGCUCGUGGCUGGGCGGAGGCGCCCCUGCGAGAGUGGUGCUCGAGCCCAGCGCCCGCGGAAGGGGAGAUCGCGACGACUACGCCGUGUCGGUGGCCACGAGCGACGUGAAAGGGGCGGGCACGGACGCGGACGUCAGUCUUAACUUGUGUGGAAGCGAGGGAUCGACGGGGUUCCAAAGGCUGUGGGCGGAGCACGACACGUUUGAGAGGGGGAAGGUGGACGAAUUUGAUCUCAAACGCCUCUCCCGGGUCGGCGACAUGAUGUCGCUCACAAUUCGAUCCGACGGGUCUGGGACCGGCGCCGCUUGGCACGUAUCCCACGUGUCGGUUCGGCGAGCCUCGGACGGCGCUAUCGCCUACUUUGCCUUCAAUCGAUGGAUGGGAAAGUCUCAUGGCCUGGAAGCCACUGCGGAGGCGAGCAGCAUGCAUCCAGACAGGCUAAUGCAGGAGUACAGGCUGAUGGUUCACACGUCGGAUCAGAG